AUGCUCGAGCGAACGAGAAGCCUGGCGGGCUUACUGCUCGAGCGAACGAGGAGGUCCCCUCAACCUGGCGAGCUUGAUGCUCGAGCGAACGAGAAGCCUGGCGAGCUACAUGCUCGAGCGAACGAGAAGGUCCCCUCAACCUGGCGAGCGUUAUACUCGAGCAAAUAUGAGAAAGGCCCACUCAGCCUGGCGAGCUACGUGCUCGAGCGAACGAGGAGGUCUCCUCAACCUGGCGAGCUUGAUGCUCGAGCAAACGAGAAGCCUGGCGAGCUACAUGCUCGAGCGAACGAGAAGGUCCCCUCAACCUGGCGAGCGUUAUACUCGAGCAAAUAUGAGAAAGGCCCACUCAGCCUGGCGAGCUACGUGCUCGAGCGAACGAGGAGGUCUCCUCAACCUGGCGAGCUUGAUGCUCGAGCAAACGAGAAGCCUGGCGAGCUACAUGCUCGAGCGAACGAGAAGGUCCCCUCAACCUGGCGAGCGUUAUACUCGAGCAAAUAUGAGAAAGGCCCACUCAGCCUGGCGGGCUUACUGCUCGAGCGAACGAGAAGGUCCCUUCAACCUGGCGAGCGUUAUACUCGAGCAAAUAUGAGCAAGGCCCACUCAGUCUGGUGCGCGUUAUGCUCGGGCAAAUGA